UGUCUCCGUGUGUGUAUGAUGUGGAGCAUUCACACUGUCUUAUAUGUGUGUGAAUGUGUGCGUGUGCAUUACUAUUUGACCAGAUGCUGCAGUGCACUGGCCAGUCCCUGUCUCUGCAUGUGUGUAUGUGUAAGUGUGUGUGCGCGCGCGCCUCUGUCAUUUCAUGUCAAAGGUCCAUUACCUGAUUACCUUUCUCGUCUGCCAGAUUUUUAUCUAGAUAAUUGGAACUGCUAUGAAGGCUGUGGUCUGCCAGGCAGCUUAGAUUCUCUAAAACCAUAGUUUGUCCACCUUGUUAUCUGUGGCUGUCUGGGCAGAGGAAAUUAAAGAGAUCCACAGCUAAGGGAUUCCUUUGACUUGCUCAGAGAGAAGGGUUUAAAAAAAAAAAUCAAGAGGACAGACUGAAAGUUUAUUGUUGUUUUUGUGCCUUGUGUGUGCGUGUUGUUUUGGCAUGUGGAUACCUUUCCCCCUUCACACACCAGGGCUGUUUGAUGGAGUUUGGAGCUGAGGAAACUUUGGUUUUGUUGCCAGGACCGUUCGCAGCACUUUGUGGCAAGCAAGAGCUAACAGUGAGACCGACAGAGAUGUCUUCCAAGCGACCAGCCUCUCCGUAUGGGGAAGCAGAUGGAGAGGUAGCCAUGGUGACAAGCAGACAGAAAGUGGAAGAAGAGGAGAGUGACGGGCUCCCAGCCUUUCACCUUCCCUUGCAUGUGAGUUUUCCCAACAAGCCUCGCUCUGAGGAAUUUCAGCCAGUUUCUCUGCUGACGCAAGAGAGUUGUGGCCAUAGGACUCCCACUUCUCAGCACAAUACAAUGGAAGUUGAUGGCAAUAAAGUGAUGUCUUCAUUUGCCCCGCACAACUCAUCUACCUCACCCUUGAAGGCAGAAGAAGGUGGGCGUCAGAGUGGAGAGUCAUUGUCCAGCACAGCCCUGGGAACCCCUGAAAGGCGUAAAGGCAGCUUAGCAGAUGUUGUAGACACUUUAAAGCAGAGAAAAAUGGAAGAGCUCAUCAAAAACGAGCCAGAAGAAACUCCCAGUAUUGAAAAGCUACUAUCAAAGGACUGGAAAGACAAGCUUCUUGCCAUGGGAUCAGGGAACUUUGGAGAAAUAAAAGGGACUCCAGAAAGCCUAGCUGAGAAAGAAAGGCAGCUUAUGGGUAUGAUCAAUCAACUGACCAGUUUGCGUGAGCAGCUGCUGGCAGCUCAUGAUGAACAGAAGAAACUGGCUGCAUCACAAAUCGAGAAACAACGCCAGCAAAUGGAGCUGGCUAAGCAGCAACAAGAACAGAUUGCAAGACAACAGCAGCAGCUUCUGCAGCAGCAACACAAAAUUAACCUUCUUCAGCAACAGAUCCAGCAGGUUCAAGGUCAGCUUCCUCCAUUGAUGAUUCCAGUGUUCCCUCCAGAUCAACGAACCCUAGCAGCAGCCGCUCAGCAAGGAUUCCUCCUUCCUCCUGGUUUCAGCUACAAGGCAGGAUGCAGUGACCCUUACCCUGUUCAGCUGAUCCCAACUACCAUGGCAGCUGCUGCCGCAGCAACACCAGGCUUAGGCCCACUCCAACUGCAGCAGUUGUAUGCUGCUCAGCUUGCUGCAAUGCAAGUGUCUCCAGGAGGCAAGAUACCUGGCAUACCCCAAGGCAACCUUGGUGCUGCUGUUUCCCCUACCAGUAUCCACACAGACAAGAGCACAAACAGUCCUCCACCCAAAAGCAAGGAUGAAGUGGCCCAGCCGCUGAACCUCUCAGCUAAACCCAAGACGUCUGAGGGAAAAUCUCCGACAUCGCCCACUUCUCCUCAUAUGCCAGCUCUGAGAAUAAACAGUGGGGCCGGUUCACUCAAAUCCUCAGUGCCAGCAACAUUAGCCAGUCCUUCAGCCAGAGUUAACACAAUAGAUAUUCUUUCUUCUAUCACGUCGUCAGGUUAUUUAAAUGACCACGAUGCUGUCACCAAGGCAAUCCAGGAGGCCCGACAGAUGAAGGAGCAACUUCGGAGGGAGCAACAGGUGCUUGAUGGGAAGGUGGCUGUUGUGAAUAGUCUGGGUCUCAAUAACUGCAGGACAGAAAAGGACAAAACAACACUGGAUAGCUUGACUCAACAGCUGGCAGUAAAACAGAAUGAAGACGGGAAGUUUAGCCAUGCUAUGAUGGAUUUCAACAUGAGUGGGGAUUCUGACGGAAGUGCAGGUGUCUCAGAAUCUAGAAUUUAUCGGGAAUCCAGAGGGCGUGGAAGUAAUGAACCUCAUAUCAAGCGUCCAAUGAAUGCCUUCAUGGUGUGGGCUAAAGAUGAGCGAAGGAAGAUCCUUCAAGCCUUCCCUGACAUGCACAACUCCAACAUUAGCAAGAUACUGGGAUCUCGCUGGAAAGCUAUGACAAACCUAGAGAAGCAGCCAUACUAUGAGGAGCAGGCCCGACUCAGCAAGCAACACCUGGAGAAAUACCCAGACUAUAAAUACAAGCCCAGGCCGAAGCGCACCUGUCUUGUGGAUGGCAAAAAAUUGCGGAUCGGCGAGUACAAGGCAAUCAUGCGCAACAGGCGACAAGAGAUGAGGCAGUAUUUUAAUGUUGGGCAACAAGCACAGAUUCCUAUCGCCACCACUGGUGUAGUCUACCCAGGAGCCAUCGCCAUGGCAGGAAUGCCCUCCCCCCAUCUGCCAUCAGAGCACUCGAGUGUGUCCAGCAGCCCAGAGCCCGGGAUGCCUGUCAUCCAGAGCACUUAUGGCAUCAAAGGCGAGGAACCCCACAUCAAAGAGGAGAUGCAGGCCAGUGACAUCAAUGGAGAAAUCUACGAUGAGUACGACGAAGAAGAGGACGACCCUGAUGUGGACUACGGCAGUGACAGUGAAAAUCACAUUGCAGGACAAGCCAACUGAUAAGGGUCCAAAUAUUGCGUGACCUUACAGGACUUCAAGGAGGAAAAAAAAAAAAAGCCCCACCUGGUUUAUCCUUACCAGUGGCCAAGCACAUUAACUUUCUCAUACACUGACUGUUACUUUAACUGUUAGUCUUAACUAGUUGGGACAUCAGCUGACUAAUAGACAUCAGCCUGCAUUUAAAAAAAAAAAGGCCCAGAAGAAAGGAAACAAUGAUGGUAACAACAACAAAAGAAUGAAAUAAGCUAUGGGUAAAAUAAUGCCAGUAAUUCAGCUGCUAUACCCAAGCACUGAAGUCUUACCCGUCGACCUUUGAUUAUUUUUUUUUUUCAAAUAAACUCUAUGGCUGUUUGUUCUACAAUGUUCUAGAAAUUCUCACUCAGGUACACAGUGCCAACAAGUGGCUUGUGAAUGUGUUUUGUUGUUUUGUGCUACAGUUUAAAGAGAAGUAAAUUUUUUUUUUUUUGGUAAUGCACCUGACAGGAAAAAAAAAAAAAAAAAGACAAUUCCUUUUACCCCUCUGCCUCCUCCUCCUCCUUUUCCCUUCUCCUUUGAAUAUUUAGGGUUGGCGGCACGCAUGUGUGUGUAUGGUGGGGAAGGGAGUGGGGAGUCUGUUUCUGUAAACCCCAACAAGCAAUUUCCUUUCUCGAGAGGACUUCUCUUCAUCAGUUGCACACCACACCGAGUCUUUGAGCAAGUGCCAAAUUUGUACUAAAGCGCUGAACUAGUUCAAUUUUAUUUUUCCGGUUGGUCGCUUUUGUUUCUUGUUCUGUCUUAAGUUAGGACAGUGUUAUUAUGUCUUAGACAAUCCCUCGAAGAACCUGAUAUACCAGCAGCUGGUGAGAUUAGACUUUGUUUUCUUUUCUUUUCUUUUUUAAAGGAAACUGUAGGUGCCGUUCUCAGGUGAAAGUGAGAGAGACAUAAGAAAAUUUAGAGAAAAAUAUUUUAUGAUCUUGGAUUUUUGUGUGUGUGUGUUUAUGGUACUAAUAAGAAUAAUAUUGGACCAUUGUGAGCAAAAAUCAUAUUCAGGAUGAAAUCCCACAUCCUCCAAACAACUUGGUCUGUAAGGAGCCUUUGCUUUUAAUUUAUACUUCAAAUGGCAACAUAAAAAAUGACCGUUGUUAGAACAGGGCAGGCAAAUUGGAAGUACUAACCUCUAGAAUGAGCGAAAAUGGAUGAAUCUGGGGCUGAUCUCUGAUCCAUAAGGCAGAUCUUGGCUGAGACUCUGCUCUCUCUACCUACUUGGAACACCCACGGGCAUCAGUGGGAUGUCUGUGCAAGGAGAAAGAACAAAAAUAACAAUGAAGCAAUUCCCCCAUCCACUGUGGGCAGCAAAAUCCUGAGUCUUUGAGGUUCCAAAAGGGUUGGAGACCAGGAAAAUAAAUAAAUUCCCUCAAGCUCUAACAGAUAUUUAUAAUGUUGUUCUAGACCUCCUUGCCUCAGUCAUCUCACCUGUAAAUUCUGUGCUGUUUACACAUGGGCAUGCACGUUUGAGACAGUGGCGUUGCACACAUAUAACCCUGGGCAGAAUUUAGCCCACGGUAUUUUCAGCAACCUAACUGAAAAUUCUGCUUUGUUUCAAAGUGACACAAAGCAUCCUUUGGUGCCUGACUCUGAUCCUCCUCUAAGAAGAGUGCGCCCAGUUUCAUGUGGUAAGACAGCAGGCAGCAGCAUUACCUAACCCUAGCACGAAAAGGAUACCUCUGAUUUCCAACAGCAGCUCUAUCCUAGGAAGUGCGGUCUCAUGUUACAGAAAAAAGCUUUCCAUUGAGGCACAGUUUGUGAACAUAGGGCGCCAUCCUACAGAUCUUUACUCACAGGAAGACGCUCAUCAUCAGCAUCACGGGAACGCCUCAUGUGAGUAAGGACUACACGCAUUUGCAGGAUCCAGCCCACAGUACUCACCAGUAGAUUCAGGGCCCUGACCCUGUCAGUCCUCACAGAUCCAAUUGCAGGAUCAUGACCUUACUUUGCCCUGAAGACAUACCACUUGAAGUGUAAAGCUCCUUCUCAAGACCUUGUGCAAAGCAAAUGACAAACAAACAAAUGCCAUUUAAGAGUUAGGACAAUACUCCAAUGAGCGGUUUGGAUGUGUGAUAGCUUCACCCCAUGCCAUCUUUUUUUCUCCCUCCCUUUUCUUUAUUUCCCCUUUUCGAUUUCCACCUCUGCAUCAAAAAUUCUUUUCACUUUUUCUCGCUUUCAGAAGACUUGCUCUGGGGUUACGCUUGGAGUAGCUGAUCACAUCCUCCACGUCAGAGGGUUUUAUUGGUUUUGUUUGUAUUUGAUGACUGUAUUUUUUUUUCAUUUGAACUGCCUCUUCUUGCUAGUGUUGUAAUGGUAAUUAUAAUAAUAAUAAUAAUAAUGGUCAGCUGUUCCCAGAUUAGUAAAUUAUGUAUAAUUUAUUUCCCUUUUUUCUACCUUAUUUUAUUCUGUUCUGAUUUGGCAGUGCAGCAAAUGAAGCUGUUGAGAUAUUUAAAAUUGCUGCCCAACCCCGCUUUUUUAUAUAGACAUAUAAAAACUCACUUCUUCCCAUGCUCACCCCCAUUCUUAUUUCUUCAUUUUAAUUUUGGCCCCAGUCAUGUCAACUUCUGAUGUUUAUUAUGAUGGAGUGAAUUAAUGGAAGUGUUGUUUUCAAUCUUAAUUAACUUCUGCUCUCUCAUCACUCAUUUUAGUUAUUUAAUUACACCAGUCAUCUAGAGCCAAUUUUUUUAAGCACUCUGUUUGGAUAAGAAGAAAAAAAUAGACAAUUGUUUUUAUAUCAUUCUUAUGUACAAUGUGAAAACAGAUAUUUGCUUCUUCUUUUUUUAAUUUGUUCCCUGUCUUUGUGAACAAAUUAUUUCUGACUCUUGUGGAUUCACCUCACAUUUGCUGGUUGCUUGAUUUCCACCAUGUUAUAGAGAUGCUCUGGUUUAAUUAUGUGACUUCGGGCUACGAGAAUACUUUGUUUUAGCUCCAGGUAGGUGCCACCAAGGCAGGCAUGGUGAAAUUCUGGCCUCAUUGAAGUCAAUGGGAGUUUUGCCUUAGACUUUGAUGGGACUAGCAUUUCACCCAAAAAAGCUAUGAGCUUGAUACUCAAGGCCUCACUCAUGGGAGUAGCCCUGUUUAAGCCAAUGGGCCUAGUCGCGUGAAUUAGGAGCACUUGUAAGGGCUGGAGGACUAAGCCCUAUUCCUCAUAAUGGGUGAUGUGACAGAAUUCCUUUUUGGGGAGGUGUGGGAGAUGGGGCUGUGCUUUACAUUCUGUGUUGUCUUUGACUGAGUCUCAGAACGAAUGCUAAAAAAAGAAAAAAAAAAUGCUGACUUUAUUGCAACCCAACCUAUACCUGAGAGACUAUGCUAGGACCUAGGGCUUGGGUCAAAUUUUCAAACCUGGGUAGCUUGCUAAAGACCCUGGAUUUAGAUGUUGAAACUGAUACAGCCCUACAAAGCAUGUGCUUAAGUAUUUUGCUGGAUCAGAGCGCCCAUAUGUCCUAUAGUAUUAAAACACCCAUGUUUGAAAUAGAGGCCCUUUUUAAAAAAACUAUAAAAGUAGUUCUUGUCUUGUUUCUUUCUUUUCCUGGGUUUUGUGUCCUUAUGGCUCUGAGAAAAGCCAGGUUAGAACAGAUUAGGAUAGUAUUAACCUAAAAUUGCACAAAAAGCCUAGCAUAUAUAUGGGCCAAGCUCGCCCCUUUCCUGGGAAUCUAUAUAAUGAUGAUCUUCUUGUUAGAACUUUUGUGUUGGUCACACAUUUCAUUUCCUCAGAAAUCAGGGCAGCUUCUUACUCCAGUGUGUCUCAAACUUCUCAGAGAGUAAUACCAGCAGUGGGGAAAAGAGGGUCUAAAGAAAAAAAAUGGAGGGACUGACUGGUAAGCUCAAUGAAAUAACACAUAAUUCUUUCUGAAUUUAUUCAUGCCUUAUAUUAGUAAAAUAGGAUUUUUAAGUGCAUUUAACAUCUUUAUUUAACCGUUCCGCUAUAUUAAUCAGGCCCCCAGAAAAGAACACUAGCUACUAUUAUAGAAUUUAAUUAGUUUUGUAACAAAAUCCUCUUAUUACAAAUGCAUAUGGAAGAAAUUCUUUCUGCAUAGACAUUAUUUCAAAGAUUUGGUUUCUGCAGUAGACUCUUUAAUUAAAUCAUUUUUUUAAAAAGUAAAUUGUCUUUAACCUUUUUACAGCACAUUUUCAAAGCUUUUUCUUUUUUAAUCCAAAGAGAUGAGCUGUUAUUGUCGCUGAAGAAGACUCUGACAUUACGUUUGUAACAUCAAAAAUAAUUACACACAGUGGCAACAUAGACCUCACUUAGCAAGAAUUUAGCCACUAAAAUUAAUCGCAACUGCAUAAUAUAUCAUAUGUUUAAGGGCAUGGUUUAUCAAAUAUGAAAUAUUUUGUCUGCCCACUUCUUGAUAGAAUCCCAUCUUCAAUUUUGCAAGGAAAUGUAUGUAAUUCAUUAGAUGUGGAUCCAAGUGUAUCCUCAACUCACAGGGCAUGGGAUGGAUGUUUAGCUUGGUUUAUAUUUACAUUUUCUUCAACUUUAUCUUAACUUGUCAGUUUCCCAGAUUGAAGAACAUGUCAAGUUUGUUUUUUCUACUGACUGAUUUCUCUACUCCCCAGUGUUUUUUGUCACUGGUUUGCUGAAACAGUAUUUAUAUAGCUCCAUUGGCUCUAAAGCUCUUCUUCCUCCUUCUAACAUUUUGGAUUUUACAAGUGAAAAGAAAAAUAGAAAAGAAAAUAGAGACAAUCAAAUGCCUGGAGCUUAAAACAAAGUAUGUGCAACCUACCAUCUCACUUGAAAUUUAAUAAAAGAAAUAAUUAUGUAAAUAUAACAUAGAGUUAUAGAUUUAUAUUUUGUUCAUAACACAUAGUGUAAUAUAAGUUGUAUAUUUUCAUGUUUUGGUUUUAUGUUAUCAUUCAUGCCACAAUAAAUUAAAAAACCAGGAGUUGAUGUACUCUUUAAGAUGUGGGUUACCACCAUGCUGGGUUUUUUUGCAUUCCCCUUUUUUCAGUAUUAUUGCCCUACAAGGCACCAAUAAAAACAGCAAAUGUGUUCUUUA